AUGCCCCGGACGUGGUUCGCAGUUGCUGUAGGACUCAGCUUCGUGAAUGGCGCAUUCGGCGCCGAGGGCGACAUUUGCUAUUUAAGUGGGACGAAAAGCACAAUUGUGAACGACCGGCUGUACUUCCUGGGCGGCAACUACAGCACCAUAACAGCUGGUGGGCAGGAUGUCCAAGUCGAACCCUCCCCAUCCCUCUACCACCUCACCCUAAACAGCUCCCAUCCUUCCCCGUCGAAGCACCCAUCCCAUCCUCCCUCCUCAACUCAACCACAAUCCCCUCCGAAACACUCGCGUACGAAAGCACCGCAGACUCAAACGGCGGCGACUCCGACGGCGCCCUGUGGACAUUCAACGACACGAUCUACGCGUUCGGCGGGUGUGCUCCAGCCUAUCCUCCACAGCAGCGAACCGGAUCUCGCGCUACAACACCACAACAAGACAAUGGACCGACGUCGACGUCUCCGGUGGCGCUCUGAACAUCGGCCGCCGCGAAUCCGCCUCCUUCGCAAGCGCCCCAGAAGCACACCCGCCGGCGGGCAGUCCCCGCACAUGGGCGGACUGAUCCGCUUCGACGCCUCAGACCCGAAUAAUCUCUCCUGGACAAACGACACGCUAACCAACGGCUCGUACGGCGUCGACGUCACAAAUCUGCACGGCGCCGCGAUGGUCUAUAUCCCCGCAGCCGAGGCGGGAAUGCUCGUUGUCGUUGGGGGGUACAUGCCCUUGCCAACCUCACGAACUCAGCUGGCUCACAUUCAACCGAACUGUCAGAUCACGAUCACCGCAACGCUAGCCCAGAAUGCAAACCCGCCUAUCGAAGCCGACUGGCAGAUAGGCGCGCGUCCGGCUCCGCGCCUACCAACCGCGUCUCCUUCUGCGCUGCAGGGUGUGCUCUCGACGGCCCCGGACGGGUCUGCGUUCCACAUCACCGCGUACGGCGGGUGGAGCCGGCGCGAUGGCCGCAGCUACGAGGACGUACAUGUGCUGGCGAUCCCGGCGUUCGAGUGGAUUGACGCGAGUGAUGUUGCGAGGGUGACGAAUGGCGAGAUGGAUGAGGGUGGUGAUCGGGAGAUUGGACGGGAUGCGCUGGGUAAUGGUGGUGCUUGGGGUGAUGUACACUCUGGUGGAAGGUAUGUGGAGAAUGGGGCGUGCGGUGGGAGUGUGAGUGGGGAUGGGGAUGGGGAGGGUGAUGAGGAUGGGGAGGUGUAUCAUCCGCUACGAGUGGCGCGCCAGUUUGGAUACCAUACCAGUGCGACGUACGAGGUGUCGCCGGUGAUCUAUCGCGAUAUUGGGGGGGAUUCCACCGGCGGCGCAACGAAAACCAUCCCGGCCGCUGGAUUCGCAGACCCAACGCUCGCUUCGAUCCUUCAGCUACGGGUGAGCGGCUCGUCCGCCCCGUCGUCCCCAUCAGACGAUCCCACAAGUGACGCUCCAGAUGGCGAGUCCGGUACCAACACCGGCGCCAUUGCAGGCGUGGUCGUUGGCGGGGUCGCAGGGCUUGCUGCGAUCCUAGCCCUAGUUUGGUUCGUUCUUAGGCGGAAGAGAAAGCACCUGCAGCAAGUCAGUUCAGGCGUUGCUGGUGGGGAUGUAUCGCCGCCAGUUCAGGACGGGACGAAGACUGUCCAGGAUAAGGAUAAGACGGAUAUGCCUGGGUUACAGGGCGUUCCGGUUGUGGAGAUGGAGGCGCCGGUGCAUUCGAUGCGCGCGGAGUUGCAGGAUGGGGGGGUGAGUAAUCGGCAUGAGUUGCCUUGA